UCAAAGGAGUAUGAGGAAAUCAGACGCCUUGGCGCCGGCGCGUUUGGUGAAGCCUAUCUGAUUCGCGAGGUGGGUUCAGCGGGCGGAAAGAGCAGAAGGCAACUGGUGGCGAAGCGGUGCGCAAUUUCCAGGAUAGCAACCGAGAGGGACCGCAAGGCGUCUCUGCGGGAAAUACAACUUCUUCGACAGUUGCGGCAUGCGUGCGUCGCUGAGCUCGUGGACAUUUUAGUGCCGAGUCGUCGGGAAUACUGUCUCAUUAUGCCGUAUUACAGCCGGGGAGACCUACAGAGCCGCAUCGUCCGUCGGCGAGCUCGUUCACUUAAGGAAGAGAGAAGUCGUCGAGAUGUUGACGAGAACAACGUGGACGCAAAGGCUCUAAGAACCUGGCCUGCAAUGCGAAUUCUUAAUUGGUUUACCCAGCUGCUGCAGGCGUGCGAGUACAUUCAUGGGCGCGGUGUGCUACACCGAGAUAUCAAGCCGGGCAAUGUAUUUGUGACUUGGGGCGACAACAUCGUGUUGGGUGACUUUGGUGUCUCGAAAAGCUUUAUCGAGGAACGGCGAGUGGCACUACCCUCUGCAGCAGCACGCAGGCAUGAGACAACCGGGAUAUGCUCACAGAGAAAAGCUGGCCAUGAACAAAAGAUGAUCCAUAUCUCGCCACCGGAAUACUUGCGCAAGGAGCGGUGCAUGCGUCAGCGAGAUAGCAGAGAGCGAACACGUGGGACGACUCAGCUCCUGGACACAAAUGCGAUGCGGGAGAUGUCUGCUGCUGUUGGUUCACCUCAGUACAUGGCCCCCGAGUGGUUUGCUACCACAUCACAGGAAC